CCAAAAGUGGUACUAUUCCGUCUAAUUCACUGUUUUCAUAGUACCAUCAUCUAUAUAAUUACGGUCAGUCUCCUCAACAACCUUCAUCACAGGAAUCAAGGCAACCAUAUGCAUACCAACAAAGACAACAGUUCAAUCCGCCCUAUCAAUCCCCAUUAAUAGACGCGCAAGCAACGGCCACUUCCAUGCCACCCGGUUCCUCUUAUGCUUAUCUUCAACAACAACAACAACAACCACAGCAACAGCAACAGCAACCACAACAACCACAACAACCACAACAACAACAUCAGUCUAAUAUCAUGCCGCCGCAAAUGAGCGUGUCUCCCAAAUCAAGUCCCUCCAUGCAGCAACAGUAUCGAACAUUUGGUUCGCCACAGCAGGAUGGCGUUCAUCCUCAAAAUGCAUCGCCGGUCAUGAAACGAGCCACCAACGCAGAAGCUUACCAUUCCAUGCCUUACAAUGCCAUGAAUUCUGUGCGACCUCUCUCUGCUUCCCAGCAGAUGCCCAUGCAGAAAGCGCGACAAGGACCUCGUUACGGCAAUUAUCCUGUACGUCACUUGGAUUUAUCUUUUUGUUUUAAAGUGCUUUUGAGAAAAAAACAGGACUUUUUGGCUGAUACUGUCGUUCCACCCUGUAGUUAUCACAUGAUAUGAAUGCCUAUAAUCCGGUCAAUAUCAGCAACAUCGUUCACAAUCCGGCGACGUCGUUGCCUGAUUUACCCACUACGCUUCCUCCACUAAGUUCCACCAUGUCCAGUGCUACCAGCGCAGCGCCAUCCGCGGCGUUGGGGUCACCCACAUUUAAACAAUCACCGGCCAUGAUGACUAAUACUGUCCGAGGGCG